UUUUUAGAAAAAAAGGAAAAAAAGGAGGAGGAAAAAAAAAAAAAGAAACAAGAAACAGGAAAAACCCCCACAGACUUCUAGCUGGGAUUACCUUUCUCACACCUGUCACCACUGAUGUCCUCUCAAGGUUACAAUUCGAGCUACGUGAGGCCAGCUUAAAGCGAUCGCCAUUUGAAAGGAGCUCUAUGAAGGAACAGCAGGCACUGGAAGGAGAGCAGAAGUGCCCACAGGAACAUGAACAACAGCUUGCAAGUUAACCUGCCCAGGACCUGGGCUGGUUCAAAUAGCUCACUCCAGGAGAAGUCUGAGCAUUCCUUUUUUCUUUUCUAUUACUAUAGGAUGGAGGACGAGGCAGUACUGGAUAGAGGGGCUUCCUUCCUUAAACAUGUAUGUGAUGAAGAAGAAGUGGAAGGUCAUCACACUAUUUACAUUGGGGUCCACGUGCCGAAGAGCUAUAGGAGAAGGAGGCGUCACAGAAGACGACCUGGGCACAAAGAAAAGAAGGAAAAGGAGAAAAUCUCUGAGAACUACUCCGACAAAUCAGACGUAGAAAAUGCUGAUGAGACGAGCAGCAGCAUCCUUAAACCGCUCAUCUCCCCCGCUGCUGAACGCAUCCGCUUCAUCCUCGGAGAGGAAGAUGACAGCCCGGCACCCCCGCAGCUCUUCACAGAGCUGGAUGAGCUUCUGGCCGUCGAUGGACAAGAGAUGGAGUGGAAGGAGACUGCGAGGUGGAUCAAGUUUGAGGAGAAGGUAGAACAAGGUGGGGAGCGAUGGAGCAAACCUCACGUGGCCACCUUGUCCCUGCACAGCUUGUUUGAGUUAAGGACGUGUAUAGAGAAAGGCUCGAUAAUGCUGGAUAUGGAGGCUUCUUCUCUCCCGCAGGUGGUGGAAAUGAUCGUUGACAAUCAGAUCGAGACGGGGCUUUUGAAAUCGGAACUGAAGGACAAAGUCACCUACACGCUGCUCAGGAAGCACCGGCACCAGACCAAGAAAUCCAACCUGCGCUCUCUGGCUGACAUUGGAAAGACCGUCUCCAGUGCAAGUAGGAUGUUUACCAACCCCGAUAAUGCACGCAGCCCCCUCGAGAGCUCCGUGCCCUGCCUCGCAACCCGUACGUUGGACGAUGAAAUGCAAGUGCAGCGCAGCCCCAGCGUGGGAUGGCUCAGCAGCCCAGCCAUGACUCACAGAAACCUGACUUCCACCAGUCUGAAUGACAUCUCGGACAAGCCCGAGAAAGAUCAGCUGAAGAAUAAAUUCAUGAAGAAAUUGCCCCGUGAUGCUGAGGCUUCCAACGUGCUGGUGGGAGAGGUAGACUUCUUGGAGAGUCCUUUCAUUGCCUUCGUCCGGCUGCAGCAGGCGGUCAUGCUGGGUGCUCUGACCGAAGUCCCCGUCCCUACCCGAUUUCUCUUCAUUCUACUGGGACCGAAGGGCAAAGCAAAGUCCUAUCAUGAGAUCGGCCGAGCCAUCGCCACUCUGAUGUCAGAUGAGGUAUUCCACGACAUUGCCUAUAAAGCCAAGGACCGGCAGGACCUGAUCGCUGGCAUUGAUGAGUUUCUGGACGAAGUCAUUGUGCUCCCCCCUGGGGAAUGGGAUCCAGCCAUUAGGAUAGAGCCCCCCAAGUCUCUUCCUUCUUCAGAUAAAAGGAAAAACAUGUACUCGGGUGGAGAAAACGUACAGAUGAAUGGAGAUACGCCUCAUGAUGGAGGACACGGCGGCGGGGGCCACGGGGACUGUGAAGAACUGCAACGAACCGGCAGAUUCUGCGGUGGCUUAAUCAAAGACAUAAAGAGGAAAGCACCAUUCUUCGCCAGCGACUUCUACGACGCUUUAAAUAUUCAAGCCCUUUCAGCCGUUCUUUUCAUCUACCUGGCCACAGUGACCAACGCUAUCACUUUUGGAGGAUUGCUUGGUGACGCUACGGAAAACAUGCAGGGCGUGUUGGAGAGCUUUCUGGGCACAGCAGUCGCCGGCGCGAUAUUUUGCCUUUUUGCUGGUCAGCCACUCACAAUUUUGAGCAGCACAGGACCUGUCCUUGUCUUUGAACGGCUUCUCUUUAAUUUCAGCAAAGACAACGAUUUUGACUACCUGGAGUUUCGUCUCUGGAUCGGCCUUUGGUCAGCCUUCCAGUGUCUCAUUCUCGUCGCUACUGAUGCCAGCUUCCUGGUCAAGUACUUCACCCGAUUCACCGAAGAAGGUUUUUCCUCCCUUAUUAGCUUCAUCUUCAUUUACGAUGCUUUCAAGAAGAUGAUCAAGCUGGCAGAUCAUUACCCGAUCAACUCUGAGUUCAAGGUGGACUAUAUCACACAUUACUCUUGUGCCUGUGAACCAUUAGAUCCAGUUAAUAGCUCGUUAUUUAACAGGACAACGGUGCCGCCAGCUGAUGAGUUGUUCUAUUCCUCUACUGAGAUGUACAACACCACCGUUGACUGGUCAUCUCUGACAACGAAGGAGUGCUUGAAAUAUGGAGGACAACUUGUGGGCAACAACUGCGAAUAUGUCCCUGACAUCACCCUCAUGUCCUUCAUCCUCUUUUUUGGCACUUACACCUGCUCUAUGGCCCUGAAGAAAUUCAAGACCAGUCGCUAUUUUCCAACCACUGCCCGGAAACUCAUCAGUGACUUUGCCAUUAUCUUGUCCAUUUUGAUUUUCUGUGGAAUAGAUGCCCUGGUAGGCGUGGACACACCAAAACUACUUGUGCCAAGUGAAUUCAAGCCAACCAGUCCCGAGAGGGGUUGGUUUAUCCCACCAUUCGGAGGGAACCCGUGGUGGGUGUACCUGGCAGCAGCCAUCCCUGCACUGCUGGUGACCAUCCUCAUCUUCAUGGACCAGCAAAUCACAGCCGUCAUUGUCAACAGGAAGGAGCACAAGCUCAAGAAAGGUGCUGGAUAUCAUCUGGAUUUGUUCUGGGUGGCCAUUCUGAUGAUCGUGUGCUCCUUUAUGGGUCUGCCCUGGUAUGUUGCUGCUACCGUGAUCUCCAUUGCUCAUAUUGACAGCUUGAAGAUGGAGACGGAAACUUCAGCCCCUGGAGAACAGCCCAAGUUUUUGGGAGUGAGGGAGCAGAGAGUCACUGGAGUCAUCGUUUUCAUUCUGACCGGCGUGUCUGUCUUUAUGGCUCCCAUCCUAAAGUUCAUUCCCAUGCCCGUGCUCUACGGCGUCUUCCUCUACAUGGGCGUCGCGUCCCUCAAUGGCGUGCAGUUCAUGGAUCGUCUGAAGCUGCUCUUGAUGCCUCUAAAACACCAGCCUGACUUUAUCUACCUGCGCCACGUCCCGCUGCGCAGGGUCCAUCUGUUCACCUUCCUGCAGGUGGUGUGCCUGGCCCUCCUCUGGAUCCUCAAGUCGACCGUGGCUGCUAUCAUAUUCCCUGUCAUGAUCCUGGCACUUGUAGCAGUCAGAAAAGCCAUGGACUACCUCUUCUCCCAGCAUGACUUAAGCUUCCUUGACGACGUCAUUCCAGAAAAGGACAAGAAAAAGAAAGAGGAUGAGAAGAAGAAGAAAAAGAAGAAGGGCAGUAUGGACAGUGACAAUGAUGAUUCUGACUGCCCCUACUCAGAAAAAGUCCCAAGUAUUAAAAUACCAAUGGACAUCAUGGAGCAGGAACCUUUCCUAAGUGAUAGCAAACCUGCUGACAGAGAAAAAUCACCAACAUUCCUUGAACGCCAUACGUCGUGCUGAUACAAUUCCUUUCCUUCAGUCACACGCCAUGCCAAGGAUUCGGUCACUGGGAAGCUGUGCUAGCAGAAGUCCUGAGCACGGCAGACCACGUUAAGAACCGGCCGAGAGGCCUGGAGGGAGUCCCCACGCUUACCUUGUCUUUCUUUUUCUUCGCAGCCCUCCACGAACUCCAGUAAAAGUUGUGCCUCAAAUUAGAAUAGAACUUGAGCCUGAAGACAAUGGUUAUUUCUGGAGGAGCAAGGGAACAGAAACUACUUUGUAAUUUGUCUGUCUGUUAAAUCUUUUAUGGAAUUUAUUUUGUCACUAGCCAAAUAUUAAAAUGCUCUCUGCUCCCC